UAUAGUUCUAUUUAUAUAUCAACACCCCUACCCCAAAAUUAAAUCAUACACUAAACUUACUAUUAAACAUUACAUACCUAUGGCUGCCCAUAUCACCCAAUCUCAGCCCCUCCAACUCCAGGACCGGGUUGCAAUCGUUACGGGCGGAUCAGGCGGCAUUGGCAAAGCCAUCUCACUCCACCUUGCAUCCCUCGGCGCAAAGCUUGUCAUCAAUGACGUUUCGAGUUCCAACCAAUCGGAUUUAGUAGUCUCGGAAAUUAAUACCAAAUUCCCAUCCCUAUCGCAAUCUCCACGGGCGGUUUUUGUCAAAGCUGAUAUUUCUGAUCCAAUUCAAGUGAAAAACCUCUUCGACGAAGCGGAAUCCGCCUUCAAUUCUCCUUUAUAUAUUUUUGUCAAUGUUGCAGGCAUCCUAGACUCCUCUAAGUCGUCAAUUGCGGAUUCCUCCCUCGAUAAUUUCGAUCGGACGUUUGCGGUGAACACGAGAGGCGCUUACUUGUGUUGUAAGGAAGCCGCGAACCGGCUGAAACAAGGAGGUGGAGGAAGGAUUAUUUGUGUGACUUCAUCAUUGGUGGUGGCUUUGAGACCGGGUACCGGGCCGUAUGCAGCAUCUAAAGCGGCAGUUGAAACUAUGGUCAAGAUUCUAGCUAAGGAACUCAAGGGGACGAGGAUCACAGCGAAUUGUGUAGCUCCGGGGGCUAUCGCCACAAAUUUGCUUUUCGAAGGGAUAAGUGAGGCGGAGCUAAAUAUAGCGGUUGAUGAGAGUCCAUUUGGUAGGCUUGGGGAGCCGGAGGAUGUUGCUCCGGUGGUUGGGUUCUUGGCUAGCGAUGCCGCAGAGUGGGUUAACGGUCAGAUUGUUCGUGUUACCGGUGGUGAUGUUUGAAUUUUGAAAAAGAAAAAAACUCAACCCAACAUUUAGUCUAAAAGUUGGGUUGAGGGUUUUUUUUUUCGAAUUUUAGGUUGGGUUAUCUUUUGAUAUAUCUCGGUACCUCCAUUGUAAGAACGCUAUAUUAGUACUAAACCGCAUAUUCUCGACA